UAAAGUUAACAACCUGAGCAAUUACAUUUUUAACACGUAAAGGGGUUCGCCAGAGUCUAAUAAAGCUUCGCAUAAAUAUUUGAAUUGCAUGUAAUCUAAAAAUCCUGUCUUUUAAGGUGCACCUUUAUCUACAUUGAGACUUUGUUAAUGCUCUAUCUCAGAGUCCACCUUAAAAUGUUCAGUAAGAUCCACUUUUGGAUUUGUCCCUUGAGCAGCAAAUUACACAUCACUCCUGGAUAUGAAACAUCUGGACAACAGGAGACUUGGAGGAGUUUAAAGUGAGGCAGCUGUUGGGAGUGCAGCAGACGGACUGAUCUCUUCAACAUGAAUCCUGUUCUGGUUGUGCUUGUGUCGUCCUUGCUUGCCGCAGUGGCAGGUCAGUCUCACGACCAUUAUGACAUGGGAUGGGUCAACGGCUACCGACAGGGCUUCAACUUCCAGUGUCCCCACGGAGAGGUCCUCGUGGCCAUCAGGAGCUACUUCAGUAGAGAGGAUGGCUCAGACCGCUUGUGGUCGUUUGAAUGCCAGCCGGCACCUGAAGGACUGGGGGAGCCCAGUGACUGCUGGUGGGAUGACAUCAACCGUGCUGGGAUGGAGUGGACUUCUACAUGCACCCGCAACGGUCUGGUUGCAGGCAUACAGAGCAAGUACUUUGAAAGUGUUCUUGACCGGGAAUGGCAAUUCUACUGCUGCUAUUACAAACGCCGCUGUCCCUACUCCUGCAUGAAGACUUCCGACAUUCCUGAAUACCACGGAGAAGAGGCAGAGCUGGUUAUCCCCACUUAUGGCUACUUUAUCCGAGGUGCCCAGACCACAUUCAGUGGUGUGCUGAGAGAUCGACAGUGGAAGUACAUCCUGUGCAGAAUGACCGACUUUGAUUGUCGAUUUGAAAAUUUAUAGAUUUGUGAGCAGCAUUUUUUUUUAUCCUUUCCAUAAACAGUUACUCUUACAUUUAGACAAUAACACAAUACUGAAUUUAUGCAAAACUGAUAUGGUUCAUGUUUUCAUUUAUGUAUUUACUUUUACUAAAUGCACCACAGGCAUGUGGCAUAUGCCUAUAUAAUUACCUUUUAUGGAACCAGUCUAGCAUGCAAAAUAACUGCUCAUAUAAAGGUAGCUGUUAAAAUAAACAUCAACACAGAGGGUCUACAGGGGAUAUGGACAACACCCGGCACUCUAGACAGCUUAAGUGUUUUCAUUCAGUUUAGGGAGGAACUGGAAGACUAUUGGCAGCAUGUGAAAGUGGUUUUCCAAAACAAACUUAAUCAUUUGAUGCUGUGUUCAUGGUGGUGGAAAACAUUGCGUCAGGUACUGCUCUCUUUGUUUGGAUCACGUGACAUGAACAUUUUCAUGCAUCGUAAAAGCAUUCAGUGAGCUGUGGGGCGUGACAGAUUGGGAUAUUGUCUUGGAAGCAACACUCGGAACAAUCGUGUGUAUGUUGGAAGUUUUGAGAAGCUCUUUCAGAAUCACUGGCAACGCUUUGCAUGCAAUGAAAUAUGUCCCACACGCUUUCAGUUGACUUUAGUUCCCUCCUUUAUUAAACUGUCUUGCCCAGUUUGGCAAUUAUAGCUAUAUACUGGAACUCAUGUAACUAUUUCCUUCUUUUGAUUGCUUUGUAAGGUCAUUUAUUUAGUGUACAACUGUGCUGUGCUCAAUUUUAGGCAUGAUUCCAAAAAUAUGAACAGAAGAUAUAACAUUUGAAAAUAAAUAUAAAAAGAAAAGAAUAUUCAUUGAAAGCUUUUGACUAUUAACGUAACUGAAUACAAUAAUACUGUCCUGGGAAAUGGUUGUAGGACAAAGGGUAAUCUAGCUAUGUGAGAGUAUAAACCUUCCAAAACCAUAAAGAGGAUGAACUCAGCCGUGACCAUAUCAACAGCUCCUUUGGACUUAACUUGGCUGAAAGUAAACUCAACACUUCUUUAUAUUGCCAUAAAACAAAGCUUCAAGACGGAGCGUGUUUGUGUGCUGACAAGCUGCUGGAGGGGUUUGACUUCAGGGAUUACCAUAUCGACAGCUAAUCAAUUUUGUAUUGAUGUGAUAUUUUGUAAAAUAUCGAAAGUGGAGGACAAAUCAUAAACAAAUGUAUCUCAUGUGAUUUUCAGCUCCUCUAAAGCUCACUAAUAACAAGUUGUAUCUUGUUUAUUUAAUUCGUACAUAGCCUGAAGUAUAAAAAGUAGAAAUGACAAUUGUGGUUUAACGGUUGUUUUGGUUGAGGUGGACUUUUUUUUUAACCUUUAGACAGAACCAGGCUGGCUGCUUUUAGUCGUCAUGCUCAAAAGAUCUCACCGUCUACUGGCUGAAGGUUCAUAUUCAACAGAUAUGAGAGUGGUAUCGAUCUUCUCAUCUUAUGUUUAGCAAGAAAGCGAGUAAAUGUACUUCCCAAAAUGUGGAACUACUCCUUUAAGAAAGUUAUAGUUAUGAUUGAUCAAUCAGUGAAGCCAAUUACUAAUGUUAAGAAAAGCAUGUUUACAUUGAGACAUGACAUUUCAUUUUUCAUUUUUAACUUUGGAAACAGUAGUUUGAAAAAACAAUUCCAACUCUGCUUAUUUUUUCUAGAUUUUUUAACCAUAUCACAUGAUUUUGAUGAUGAGUUUGAACUUUCAUGCUGUAAUUUUAAGACGAGGGAAAACUUUGUUGUUGAGGACCACGUGUUACAGUUGACAGCCCAGAGACAGCUAGUAUGUGGACAUUGAGUUUGGAUUGUUUUGUCAAACAUGUGUACAAAUGCUGUUUUGUUACCAUUGACUGACAUAAAACUUUCAUUCUGGAUAGUUGAGAGCUCAGGUAGCAAAGUUUACUCCAACUUUCCAACUCCAUCAACCACCUCAAUAAAUGGCUGAAUGAUGUUCCUGUGAACUCGCCAAGAUUAAAAUGUUUUUUCCAAUACAUCCAUUAACAUCUGAAUUCAAGUUGAGUGGUAACCAAGCAAAUAUGGAAAAAUAAAGUGCAACCACUUUGUUCUCA